AAACUUGCCUUCUACUGUCAACAUUCCUGCGUCGACUUCGUUUCGGGAGGACUUCAUCGAAUAUGGACAGUCGCCGUUCUAAUAAAGGACGAACAAAGGAAAAGAAGCCUAAUCUAUUGGUCAAAGCUGCAAAAAGUGCCCGACUUCCGCCCGCAUGUGCCUGUUGUAAGGUGGUAAAGGCAACAAGAACUGCAAGAUCGUCAUCUUCGUCGCUGAGAUUGGACGAGAAUGAGAAGAUUUGUGGCUGUACUUGUUUGGUCAAAGCAACGAAGACUGCAAAACAUCCUUUGGUCGCAGAUGAUGAAACCAUAAAUGGCGAGGACAACAUAAAUUCUGACAACACCAAUUCCUUCCGUGGGAUACAGCGUCGAAUGAAUGAAAAGUCUUCGGUGCGUUUAUUUUAA